AUGGCGAAUGUCAAUCAGCUAUUUCUGCCCAGAUUCCAUCCCCAUUCCCUAUUUCUUGUGCCCGAACCCAGUCCAUUCUUCUGCAAUGUAUGUAACCAGUCGAGGUCUGGCCUUCGGUAUCGCUGCAACGAGAAUUGCGAUUUCAAUGUAGAUUUCUACUGCUUAAUUAACCACCUUGGUUUUGUUCUUCCACCGUCACUACCUCCUGCUCCACCACCACAACCUCCUCCUCCUCCUCCUCCUCCCACCUUAUACACUCCUCAUGCUAAUUGGAACGUGCCCCAUCCUCACACUCCCGUUCCUCCUGCUCCACCACCACAACCUCCUCCUCCCACCUUAUACACUCCUUAUGCUAAUUGGAACGUGCCCCAUCCUCACACUCCUGUUCCUCCAGCCAGAAAUCAAAUUGGUCAAAUCUUGGAGAAGUAUGGUCCUUUGGCUGCCUUUCUUAUUGGAUCAACGAUUGGAAUUCCAUUUUCAUGA